AUGUGUCUGUCGGUGUGGGUGCUGGACGGCCAUCCGCUCUACGCGCUGCUCCUCGCCUCCAACCGCGACGAGCUCCUCGCCAGGCCCACGGACCCCGCGCACUAUUGGCGCGACGACCCGCGCGUGCUAGCGGGGCGCGACCUGCUGUGCGGGGGCACGUGGCUGGGCGCGAGCACGGGCGGGCGCGCCGCAUUCCUCUCCAACUGCUGGGCCGUCCGCAACCGCGCCGACGCUGUCAGCCGCGGCGCCCUCAUCUCCGACUUCCUGCAGGGCGCGUGGCGCGCGGAGGCCGCUGGGGACGCGGAGGGCGCGGAAGGCGCAGGGGGUCCGCGGGAGUACCUGGAGUCCGUGGCGCGGCGCGCGCACCUCUUCAACGGGUUCAACCUCGUUGCUGCUGACGUGGCAUUUGACAAGAGCAGGCACAGCGCGGAUGCGGCAGCAGCGGAGGAGCAGGACCAAGAGCGGAAGCAGGGGCGCGCAAGCACAGAGGGGGGAGGCGCAGAGGGCGCAUGUGGGGAGGAAGCCAGCAGUAGCCCCUCCGCGCAUGUACGCAUGUAUUACCUGACCAACGCCCCGCACCAUGAGGGGGAGGGUGCAAAUAGAGGCGCGGAUGGUGGCGGGGAGGGAAGGGAUGGGGCGGCAGCAUGUGGUGUGAUGCGCGUGGAGCGAGGGCUGCAUGGGCUCAGCAAUGCGGCUCUUGACACUCCCUGGAGCAAGGUGGAAAACUUAGCCGAGCUGUUGGCGGUUUGCACCCCCGCCACUCCCUCCCUUCCCCGUUUCCCAAUUCAACCGCCUGGCCCCUCUCCCCGGCUCGCAAUUUUCCAUUGGCAGGUGGAGCGAGCCAAGGAGCACUUAGCUGAGCUGCUGGCGGAGAGUAACGGGGGCGAGGUGCCAGCAGAGGUGAUUAUAGAGAGAGUGCUCAUGGACGCAUGGCAGCCUGUGCACCCUCACACUAGUGCUGACGUGGCGGAGGCGGAGCACUGCCCUAUGGGGCCGGAGUACGAUCAGAGGCUGACACCUGUCUUUGUCAACUGCGACACUCCCAAGGGGGCGUAUGGAACACGCAGCUGCAUAGUGGUGGCGGUGCACCGCUCAGGACUGCGAUCCUGCGAGGCUGAGCCGAUCUUCUUGAGUUGCAAGGCGAGAGUGUUGACGAGUCGCGUGAGACGAGCGGAGAGCAAUCGGACAGCGAAGAUGGCCUCGCAGGACACCGUGUCAAGAAAGCUCGUUGUGCUGGGCAUACCGUACAGCAUGGACACGGAGGGCCUCCGCGAAUACAUGGAGAAGUUUGGCGCGCUCGAUGACGUCAUCGUGCUCAAGGAUCGGAGCACAGGGCGUUCUCGAGGGUUUGGCUACGUGACGUUCAGCCUCCUCGCAGACGCGCAGAGCGUGGCGCAGAUGAAGCACACCCUGGGAGGCCGGCAAUUGGAAGUCAAGACCGCCACGCCCAAGGAGGAGAUGUCCAAGGGGCCCAAGGUGUCGUCCACCCGCAUAUUCGUCGCGCGCGUGCCCACCACCGUGACUGAAGACAGAUUCAAAAGGUACUUCGGAGCGUUUGGCAAUGUGACUGACUGCUACAUGCCCAAGGGCCACGGGUCCAACCCGCAUCGCAACAUUGGCUUUGUGACCUUUGACGAUGCAGCGUCGGUGGACAAGGUGCUGGAAGAGCCAAGGGAGCUGGAUGGAGCCACGCUCGCCAUCGACAGAGCCACGCCCAAGGGAGCCCGCCUAUGGCGCGCCUCCCCCUGCUGCUGCUCCGCAGGGGCAUGGGGGGGCGGGCGGGCAGGGGUAUGGGGGGGGAGGCGGGGCAGGGCGGUGCAUCCGACCAAGAUAUUUGUGGGGAAGCUGCCGCAUGAUGCCACUGUGGGGGACAUUCGCGAGUACUUCGGGCGGUUUGGGCCUGUGGAGGACGUUUACCUGCCCAAGGACUCGGCCAAGGGGGGUCACAGGGGGUUCUGCUUCGUGACUUUCUUAGAGGAGGAGGUGGCAGCCUUCGUUGCCAAGAGGCAGCAUGAGAUCUGCGGCCGCACCGUGGCAGUGGAGAGGGCAACGCCACAAGAAGGCGCUCCCCCCCCAGUCCCCUCCUCUGCGGCCUACCUGCCCUCCGCCUACGCGCCUGCCCCCUCCGACCCCUCCAUGGGGGCCUCCUCAGGGCCCAGGAGCCCGGGAGCAGCAGCAGCGGCGGCGGCAGCGCAGGGGUAUUACAUUGCAGCAGCACAGCAGGCGUAUGGGCAGGCGCCUGCUCCUGGUGCUGACUACGGGCAAGCCGUGCAAUACAGCACUGCAGCAUAUGGCGACCUGGCAGGCCCACCGGGAACCGUGCCCGCUGACAGGGGUGCCUCCAGGGGUGACCUUCGCUACCGCCCCUACUGA